UGGAAUCGGAAUGCCUUCUAUGCCAGGGAUGCCACCUAUGCCAGGAAUGUCAGCUAUGUCAGGGAUGUCAGCUAUGCCAGGAAUGUCAGCUAUGCCAGGGAUGUCAGCUAUGCCAGGAAUGCCAUCUAUGCCAGGGAUGUCAGCUAUGCAAGGAAUGAUGGGAAAUAG